AUGAAAGCCUACUUACUAAGUUUGAAAAAUUUAGAUGGUGUUAACACUUACAAAACUCAAAGAAAAAUGUGCAUAAUGGUCUUUUGUAAAACCAUAAAUUCAAUAAUUGAUAUUUCGAAAGAAUUGUUGAAUGAACAACCUUUUGCUAUGACUUACCGUUUCAGUCAGGAUGCAAUGGAACCUUAUUUCAACUAUGUAAGAAGAUCAGGUAACAUGGGAAAUGUGUCAUCAUUUGAAACAGAAAAACUGCUUAGUAACAUUAUUUUUGGGGCAGAUUUUGAUGACAACGUAUUUGUGGAGCAUGCGUCACUGCAGUAUAUUGUCAGGAAUUGCACUGCAUACAUGGCAGGAUGGGUGGUGAAGUCAAUAACACCGACCAUCUCAUGCGCAGAAUGCAGAAAAUUCUUGAUUUCAGCCAGCAGAAACAUAUCUAGCGAAUCAUCAAAUCAUUUCAUCAUACUAAAAGACAAUGGACAAUCCCUCAAAAGGAGUAUUAAAAGUAAAAUGAUACAUUUAUUCAUUUUCUGGUAA